CCAUGAUUCCAGCGCUAAAUGCGUGAGGUAGACACGAAGGAAGAUCGCCAUCAUCAAGGAAUCGGCCCGGGGGCUAUCACAUUAGCGCAAGAGUGCGGCAGCAUGAAGUUGGGCAGCGUAUUGCCGGCGGGAAAUGGAGUGUUUGCCUAUGAUUGCUUCGACUCCACGCGAGCGUGCACCUACGACCAGCUGCGGACCCUCCUCAACGACGACCUGGGCGGCGCAGACGCGUCGACGCGGGUGGCGAUCGCGAUGCGGAACGGCGCCGACCUCGCGCUCGCGCUACUCCGAGUGAUGCAUUGGGCGAUCGCGGUGCCGCUCUGCCCGAACAGCUCGCCGGCGGAGCUGCGCGCGGCCAUGGAGGGCUGCGCAUACUGCAUCGUCGACGCAACGGACGGUCCCCCCACGGCGGCGGCGGCCGCCGCCGCCGCGGCCGGCGCUUCUGUCGUCGUCGCGGAGCCCAAAUCCGGCGAGGCAGGCGCAGUUUUCCAAAUCGCGGCGGAGGCGGUCCGGCGGCCUCCGAUGCGGGCCUUCUCGCUCCGGCGCAUGUUCUCGUCAAGUCGUAUGCUCUCGGCGAAGUCCAUGUCGGCGCUGCCGCCCUGUCUUGUUUUGCGGACGUCGGGCACGACGGGCCAGCCGAAGCUCGUUUAUAAAACGCAGCAGCAAUUGUCAAGAGGCGGCGCCAUCAUCGCGAAAACAUUAAUGCUGGAACCCUCGGACUGCUGCCUCAACUUCAUGCCUUUGCACCACAUCGGCGGCAUCGUGGCGAACAUCUACGCGCCGCUCGCGUCGGGCUCGGGCGCGGUCUACAUCGCCAAGUUUUCGGCGGCGCUGGUCCUGAACCUUGAUAACUUGGUACCGAAGGUCACCUGGAUCUACUGCGUCCCCAGUCACCUCCAGGCCAUACUGAGUGCGCGGACGCCCGAUAGCAAACCCCCGAGUUGCGUCCGCCUCUACCGCAGCGGCGCGGCCGCGCUGCCCGUGGCCGUCGCCGAGGAGCUCAAGGCCUGGUCCGGGGCGACCGUGCUGCCCACGUAUAGCAUGUCCGAAUGUAUGCCAAUUGCCUCACCGGACCGCUCGUACGAUUUAGGAAGGCCCUACAGCGUCGGUCCCGCCGUGGGGCCGGACCUCAUGAUUUCGGAAAAGGGCGAGGUCCUCAUCCGCGGGCCGAUGGUGUCGACCGACAAUCCUGAAGAGUGGUUCGCGACCGGCGAUUUGGGUUCCAUCGACGCGGACGGCUGGCUCACGCUCACGGGCCGGUCGAAGGAGAUCAUCAACCGGGGCGGCGAGGUGGUAGGUCCCUUAGAAGUCGAGGACGCGUGCCUGCGCCACCCCGCCGUCGCCGAGUGCGUGUGUUUUGCGGUGCCGCACGAAGCACUGGGCGAGGCGCUCGGGUUGUGCAUCGUGCCACACUCCAACAUUGUGGCGCCGUCGCUCGACGAGCUCCGCCAGUUCCUGGAGCCCUACCUCACGGCCGCCAAGCGGCCGCAGCACGUCUGGUACAUGACGUCACUAAUCAAGGGCCCCACGGGCAAGCCGCUCCGCGUCGGUUUAGCGGAUAAGCUGGGCAUCGCGAAGCAGGGCGGCGAAACGGGCGGCGGCAUCGCGGCGUCGGCAUCGUCAGUAGAUGCCGUCAUCGAGGCGGUGCGGCGCGUCACGGGCAUCAAGGCGACCAGCGGCGCCGCGCGCGUCUCGGACCUCGGCAUGGACUCGCUGAGCUUGAUGCGCCUCUCGCACGCCCUGCGCGGGCUCGGCGGGUCGUCGGAGGUGGACAAAUUACUAUUAGCGGACGCGACGAUCGACACGCUCGCCCUGGCCGUCGCGCGCCCCGCGGCCGCGGCGGCGGAGAAGACGAUCGACCUGGAUCCGGUCUUCGGCCUCCGCUCCUUGUUUUGCCUCUUCGUGGUGCGAGCGCACUUCGCGCGCCACUUCGCGGCGCUCUGCGACACGUGGUGGUUCGACAUCCACCACGCCUGGCACACGUCCGUCUUCUUCAUCAUCAGCGGCGCGCAGAUGUUCAUGACCUACUCCGAGCGGCCGGUGCCGACGAAGACGCUCCUGAAGAACUUUUACGUCGCGACGCUGCCGCUCUACUACUUCACGAUGGCCGUGGGCGCGGCGGUGUCGUGCCCCCUGGUCGGGCCCGCCUCCUACCUCCUCGCGGCGCCGGUGGCUCUCAGCCCCUGGUGGUCCGGGAGCGCGCUGGCCCCCGCGUGGUACCACAUGUGCCAAUUCUGGAACGUCCUCUUCUUCAACCACAUAAGGUGGCGUAUCCGCUGGGAGCGGUUGUGUGCGUGCUGCGGCGGGGUGCCUGUCGGCUUCUCCGGCGGGUGGUGUUGCUGUUGUGUGGAACCGGAACCGGGAUGCGCCAUCGGCUGGUCCAGGCCGAUCCCCGACGAGCCCGACGUCGCAUACCCAAAAUGUUGCGCCUGCAAGACGGCCGUCAAGAAGCCCAUACCCCCUCCCAAAAGCCUCGGCGAGUUCGGACGGAGGCUGGUGGCCCCGGGCCUCCUCGCGGCGUUCCUCAACUGGUUCUGGCACCCCAUCCCGCCCUUUCGGAUGGCGCAGUUCGCGCUCGGUAUGGUCAUCGGCCAGGGAUGUCUGUCGGUCGAGUUGAACGCGGCCGAGCGCAAAAAGGUGGGCCGGGGCACGGACGCCAUCUUUUUCAUUUUCAUGGUCCCUGAACUGUGUGAAAAUCAAACAGUGAGUUGGCUGCACGAUUCUGCGCGAAGGCGCCAUAUGAAAUUUUGAUUUAUGCACAGGUCCUGAAGUUCUCGCCCCACGAAAUCGUUGCGUGGGUCCAGUACGGGAUCCACUCCGUGCCCGAGGCGCUCCUCGUGUUCGGGCUCUGCCGCGCGCCGUCGGAAUCGUGGACGGCGCGGCUGCUGACGCACCCGCUAUUUUUAGGGUUCGUGCCGUACACGUUCGCGGCCUACAUCAUCCACUUCCCGGUUCUAUUGUUCGCGCAGUUCGUGCGGAUCGAGGGGAUUACCUCGCUCAAAGAGCUGAUGCGCCACGUGUAUCGCCACGAUAACUGCUACGAGAGCGACUGGAUCAACCGGGCGCGCGGCGAUCACGAAACCGAAGACGAUGAGGCCGCGGCCUGUGUGGAAAUCAACCAGUGCGUCGGGUGCAGCAGGAGUCGCGUCGAUGGCGUGGAGGACGACGCGACGAUUCAGCACGAACGCGCCGUAAGAUUUUGAUUUCCACACAGGCCGCGGCGAUCUAUGCUGCGCUCGACGACGACCCCGCCGCCGGGGAGCACUGCUUCCUGCCCUGGGAGAGCCACACGACGCUGACGUGCGUCGUCAUCGUCGCGGCGAUCCUCAUGCAGCACUUGAUUCACGAGCCGGGCGUGCGCCUCCUGCACCGCGCGUUCGACGCGUAUGGUCGUUACCGCGACCGGAAACAAGAAGAUGGCAAAUCUGAAGAUGACGAUGAAGACGAAAAACCGCCCCAAACGAAAGCAGAGAUUGUUGAAGAAUAAAUUAUCUUGUCUUUUUAAGCCUAGUAGUAAAUAUGUAGUUUGUCACAGGUAC